AUGCCCAACUUUGAGAACCUAAUCUAUACCGCCCGUUCCUCCCCACAUUGUUCAUCCAACGGCUCAUCUUCAAGUACUUCCGCAAAUCCCGGAUCAGGGGAAUCGGCGGGGGAAUCAGGGGGAAUCGGCAGGGGGACGACGGGGGGAUUUGCAGUGGGUUCGACCGGAGAAUCCGCCACGAGUUCUACCAGCAAAGUGGCUCUCGACUCUCCUGGAAGCAUAAGCGCUGCCGCGGACUCAGCGCCGCAACAUGCGGCGGGCGCUGCGGGAUCCAGGUUACGGGGGGAACGGGUAAUGCACCCGAUUACGCUGCCGGGAGAGGCGGCAGGCGCGCCGUUCGCCGCGCCGCAGAAGAUGGAAAUCAGAUCGAUUAGUUGCGAGGGAGCAGAGCCGUUCGAUGCUGCUACACUCGCGCUGCUCUUAUCCGCGCCUUGCGCUCCCGCUAGCACCGGAUAUGCCGCUUCUCCUUCAGGGAGUCCCGCGUCUGCGAUUCCCGGCGCAAAUUCCGGUAACACCACGGAUAUUUCUGCCACGUCAUCGUCGACGUAUUCGUCUUCUUACCCCGUCCCUGCGAACGCAACUGCCACGUCGGAUUCCGGAUCAUCGUACAGCGUCACUUUGCUCGCGUUAGCAGUCGCCGCGGCGUCUGUGUGCGUGCUGGCGUUCGUCGGAGCCGCGUUUUACUUCGCUCCCGAGUUCGCCAUCCGAACCGCGUCCGCCGCAACCGCCGCCGCGAGCGCCGCGUCUCUGACCGCGGAAAUCGCCACGUCAACCGCGGAUGAGGAUAACAUGUGGUUGCGCCAACAUGCCCCUCCCGGCGCCAAUGCACCCGACCCCGUCUCCUCUACCCUGCUGCAGCAGCGCAACAGCGAGGUGAUGGUGACAGGUAGUGAAGACAUACCAUGGUGCACAUCGAACCAUGCCGGGGCAAGCCCCAAUCCCGUUACUGACCUCGCGCCACUCCCCGCCACACCCUACACCCCACCCUCCUCGCCAUCCAUCCGUCUCCUCCUGGGCUCCGUGCGUCUGCUGCACCUACCGCGCGCGGAGUCCUCCGGUCUCGCCCUGGACCGGGGCCAUGAGAGCGAUGAGGAGCUGCGGCUCGUAGAGUCCCCCGCUGACCUGCUCUCCCACAUGCUGCUUGAACUUGAGCGGGGCGGCACUGGUGGUAGUGGUGGUGGUGGUGGUGGUGGUGGUGGUGCUGCUGCUGCUGCUGCUGCUGCUGCUGCUGCUGCUGCUGCUGCUGCUGCUGCUGCUGCUGCUGCUGCUGCUGCUGCUGCUGCUGCUGCUGCUGCUGCUGCUGCUGCUGCUGCUGCUGCUGCUGCUGCUGCUGCUGCUGCUGCUGCUGCUGCUGGUGGUGGUGGUGGGGUGAGUGGGAAAGGUGGGGCGGGGAGGUGUGCGGCAGUGGGAGGGAAGGCACGGGUGGUGGGCACAAGGACGGGUAUAAGAGCUCGGGGUACCAGCUACUGGCGAACAUGUGGAUCAGACAGGCUGCUGGCAGUGGCAGUGCUGCCUCCUCACAUUCCUCUGCUGACAUAA